AUGGCCCGGAGACGCGGCGCGACGGCCGUCUAUGGCGAGGACUUCUCUUUCGUCAACCCGCUGGUGAAAUAUCUGCUCUUCUUCUUCAAUAUGCUCUUCUGGGUGAUCUCCAUGGUGACGGUGGCCGUGGGCAUCUAUGCUCGGCUGAUGAAGCAUGCAGAAACAGCGUUGGCCUCCCUGGCGUUGGACCCUGCCAUCCUGCUGAUGGUGGUGGGCAUCCUCAUCUUCCUGCUCACCUUCUGUGGCUGCAUUGGAUCUCUCCGCGAGAACAUCUGCCUCCUGCAGACGUUCUCCUUCUGCCUUACCGUCGUGUUCCUGCUACAGCUGGCUGCUGGUAUCCUGGGCUUCGUCUUCUCAGACCAGGCAAGAGGAAAAGUGAGCGAGAUCAUCAACAAUGCCAUCGUGCACUACAGAGAUGACCUGGAUCUGCAGAACCUCAUUGAUUUUGGCCAGAAGGAGUUCAGCUGCUGUGGAGGGAUUUCCUACAAGGACUGGUCCCUGAACAUGUACUUCAACUGCUCGGAGGACAACCCCAGCCGCGAGCGCUGCUCUGUGCCUUACUCCUGCUGCUUGCCCACCCCCAACCAGGCAGUGAUCAACACCAUGUGUGGCCAAGGUAUGCAGGCCCUUGGCUACUCAGAAGCUAGUAAAGUCAUCUACACCAAUGGCUGUAUUGACAAACUGGUCAACUGGAUACACAGCAACCUCUUCUUACUUGGCGGUAUGGCACUGGGCCUGGCUAUCCCCCAGCUGGUGGGAAUCCUGCUGUCCCAGAUUCUGGUGAAUCAGAUCAAAGACCAGAUCAAGCUUCAGCUCUACAACCAGCAGCACCAGGCUGACCCAUGGUACUGAGCAUCCACCUCACCAUGGCAACAGGCGAGCCUAGUCCACCCAUAGCAGCGGGCACAGCUCUCGGCACCAAGUGGAGAUUUGGAUCCCAGCCCCCAGCGACAGCCCUGUGGGAAGAAGUAAGCUUCAGGAGGGCAGAAGGCAGGGUGCACGGCUACCUGAGUCUCAGAAUGAUGUGCCCUCUGACCCCUAUCCUAGCCCAUAGCAUUGCUAGGGAGCUAUUUGUCUUGCUUCUAAUCUUAAGCGUUUGGGUUUAUGUUUUUUUUAAGUUUUGUUUGUGUAACAGCAGGUACACAGAGAGUUAUGAGGGUACUAGCUGCUUUCUCACGGAGGCAUUGCAACCAACAGCUGUACUAGGGCUGCUGCUGAGCCUGGUGGACAUACUCAGAUUCCGACUGUUGUCAGUGAGUCCUGGCUGUGCAGAGUAGACACCAGCAGCCCCUGCCUAAAGUCGUUGGCCCAAAACCAACUCCAGAAAGGAAGGAGGUGGAGUGGGCAGUGAGCUUGGGGGUUGGCUGGGGACAGUUAUACGUGUUGGGUCAAGUGGAAGGGGAUAUGUUUACCAAAUGCCUGCUCUGCCAUCCCCCAGGUAGUCAGCGUGAGCUACACCCUGCCCCUCCCUCAUUUCCAUGGAAAUAUGGCAGCAAGGCCAAGGGGUGCAACAGUGGCCAAAUUCAGCUCCCUCUCCCCUUUUGAAAAAAGUCUGGAACCAGGGUCCCUGUUCUUUGCAGCCAGCAGAAGUAGGACUGAGCCAUACAUGCCCUUGAAUUCCUCCCCUGUCUGGCCCUCUCUCCCCACCAAGUGGAGUUUUCUUUGACCUUAGCAGUGUGCAGAGGAGGGGAGGCGGCACCACCACUCCCAACAUUCCCCUGCACUGGAGCUCAGUAUUUCUACACUGUAAGCAACAGGAAUCUUGCUGGGGCUGGGGGAGCCAGAAACAGCAAUAAAAGUUUGUUGACCUGAGCUAAGCUGGACUCCAUGAAUUUUCCAUUGUGGCACCUAGAAGGGAA